CACCGCAGCGUGCUUCCUGAUGCUCCGGCUCUCUCGGGCUUGCAUCCUCAGCUGUCACUGCAGUCUCACUCAAACGCCUGCUCCGUGCACGUGAGCGGCAGACGUCGUUAUGGGCUCGUAAACAUAAGCAGGUACACACGUUUUAAUAAAUUUGCCAAAAAGCAAUGAGUCACUGCUGGCGGUUAUUUCGAAAACUACACCAGUCGGUGUUUGUUGUCUUGAACACACCCCGCUGAGCCCCCCGAUAUUGUUCAAGGGGAAUAAUGGCUGCACAAGAGCCGUCUCCACCAUCUUCCCUGGAAGGCAACAAGCCGGGCUUCCCAAAGAAAAUUCUGGCCAACAACCUGGAGGACAAGCAUCUGUGCAACUCGUGUCAGAAAAUCCUGCGGAGGCCCCUGCAGGCCCAGUGCGGCCACCGCUUCUGCUCGUUCUGUUUCAACAAGCUGGUGAGUUCUGGACCACAGAAAUGCAGUGCAUGCAUCAAGGAGGAGUUGUUUGAGGAGCCCACCUCCAUUCUCAAGCCUGGCGGUGCGUUCCCAGACAACGCAGCUCGGAGAGAGGUGGAGGCCUUGGCAGCAGUUUGUCCCAAUGAAGGAUGCACAUGGACUGGAACCGUCAGAGAGUUUGAGGCGAGCCAUGAGGGCAACUGUGACUUCAUGAUCAUCAUGUGUCCGUCGUGCAAAGAGCUGAUGAGAGCCAACGAACAGGAGCGUCACAACGAGCGAGAGUGUCCAGAGAGGACACUGAACUGCAAAUACUGCAAAGAGCCGUUCCUCUUAAAGAACAUCAAGGCUCAUGAUGAAAUCUGCCCCAAGUAUCCAAUGAUCUGUGAAGGCUGUGCAAAGAAAAAGAUCCCCCGUGAGAAGUAUGUGGACCAUAUUAAGUUCUGCAGUAAAUUUAAAACACCAUGCAGAUUUCAUGUUGUUGGCUGCGAUACGUCUGUGGAGAAGGAGAAGAUCCAGGACCACGAGCGGCAGUGUUCGUACGAGCACCUCAACCUGCUGCUGCAUUUCAUCAUGGGCAUCAAGGUGAGUCUGGAGAGCCUCCAACCGCAGACCUUAGAGGUGGCCAGCCAGAAGCUCCAGGUGCUGCACCAGUCCCUCAGAGAGCUGGAGCUGAAGAUGAGCCAGCUGGGCGGGGGCGGCCCCACUCCCGUGCAGGGUGCAUGCGCUCUCACCCUGGCCACGUCCUUCACCCCUCUGCCCAGCGCCAUGGGUGCCGCCCUGGAGCUGCAGCUCCAGAGCGAGAAGACCAAGGUGGCCGAGCUGAGCCGGCGCUGCCAGGAGCUGGAGCUGAAAGUGAACACGUUUGAAAACAUCGUCUGCGUCCUGAACCGGGAGAUGGAGCGUUCCUGCACCACCAUGGAAGCCUACAACCGCCAGCACAGACUGGACCAGGACAAGAUUGAGAUUCUCAGCAACAAGGUCCGUCAGCUGGAAAGGACGGUCAGCCUGAGGGAUCUGUCCAUCGUGGAGAUGGAGGGGAAGAUGAGGGAGAUGUCUGCAGCCACCUACGAUGGCGUCUUUAUCUGGAAGAUCUCUGAUUUCACCAAGAAGAGGCAGGAUGCCGUGGCUGGCCGCGCUCCUGCUAUGUUCUCUCCCGCAUUUUAUACGAGUAAAUACGGCUACAAGAUGUGCUUACGAAUCUACCUGAAUGGUGACGGGACGGGCCGUGGCACGCACCUGUCUCUGUUCUUUGUGGUGAUGAGAGGACACAGCGACGCACUCCUUAAGUGGCCUUUCAAUCAGAAGGUUACCCUCAUGCUGCUUGACCAGAACAACAGGGAGCACAUAAUCGAUGCCUUCCGGCCCGACAUCUCAUCUUCGUCCUUCCAGAGGCCCGUCAGCGACAUGAACAUCGCCAGCGGCUGCCCGCUCUUCUGUCCUCUGUCUAAGCUGGACUCCAAAAACUCCUACAUUCGUGACGACACCAUCUUCAUAAAGGCCAUCGUUGACCUCACUGGGCUCUAGAGAAAUCGUAAGAGCAGAAAUCCCAACUUUGCCUUUUGUUGCGACUAACCUGUUCAUCAACCAGCCUUUGUAUUAGCAGUAACCGGCACUUCUCGGGGGGUGUUGUCGUUUGGUUUUGGAAUCAGUUGUUGUUGACAAUAUGCAAGAUAUAAUUUUUUCUUUGUUGGCUAUUCAAGUCCUUCAGUCUAUGUUUUACCAAUCAGAAGGAGUUUUUAUGCAUCAAAGUUGUGACUAUUCACCAAAGUGACUGCAGAACUUUAAACAGCAUUUUUACUAACCAAGGCAUUCCAACAACUGUGUAGUGUACUAUGUGAAACAAGCCGACUCUGCCCGCCUCAUUAAUCCCUCAUGAACAUGUUGAAGGUCCUGGUGCUUCAGAAGGAGCUCACCUUCAAGGUUUAAAGGAAGCUUUCCUGUAGACACUAGUUAACGCUCUUGUUAUUACUAGUUAUAACCCAAAAAAUGGGAAUUUACUAACCGCUAAGAUAACUAACAAACACACAAGUCCCUGAAAAUAUUCAGCUUCUUUAAUGACUCUCAAUAAGUCUUCUGUGAUCGUUCCACCGAUUUCCAACAAGAUUGUUUUUCUGGUUCCACAAGUUUCCUUCCGUCUUAACUAACUGGUUCAGGAUUAAUUGAAGGGUUUAAUAGAGAAAAUAACCGCACGUGAGUCAAGCUGAAAAGAAAGUGGUCUGAGUUAAUUAAAAAUAAGAAAAUGUGAGUUAAUAAAACCAAAAACUAUCUAGAUAUUUCUUUUGUCCCAGAUGCCGAUGCGAGUGGUUCUGGAACAGGUGUUCCUGGAUCCAGACUUUCAGUCAGAUCCUCUUUGUAAUCAUCACAUUGUUUGCAAACUCAGUAGCUUUAAGGAGGAGAAAAUGAACAACUUGUCAGCUGUAUUAUGUGGUCUAAGUUGGUUUGAUGAUCGUGAAGCAGUUACAGUAACAAGCCGCUGCAGUCUCAGCAUUAAUAUGCUGUUUGCUUAAUGAAAGCCAACAUAAAGUUCUGGUUACACGUGAGCUAAAGCACUUGUAGUUUCAUAUGCGUUUAUAGUUACAGUAUGUCUGAGUCCACAUAUGCACAUUUCUCCUGCUGGUCUUGUUCUCUGUUUUGAUGUGACUUGUUGAUAGUUUGGCAUUCAACAUAUUUCAAAAGUCAUGUUCAUGAAAUCAGCGCUUUGCUUUGAAGGUGGUGUAAUCUAAUAGAACUUCAGACUUAUUUAAGUAACACGUUUAAUACAGGUGUGCAAGCUAUGCACAAGGAAAAAUAGGCCACGCUUUUAAAACAAUUGGGAGAAAAGCAACCAAAGAAAUUUAUUCACCAAACGAAGCACCCAGAUGGUCCAUUCUGGAUAGAUUGUUUGAAUGAAAAGGAGAUCAGAGCUUCUACAUCUGAAAGGAGAAAUGGAAAACUGAAAAAGUUUAUGCUAAAACUAAAACUUCUAAAAUACCUGCCCAGGUCUGAUUGUUAUCAGACCUUUGAGUUAACGCCAUCAAAUAAACAAUCUUCAAUCCAAUCAAAAUACACUCUGUUACAUUUAUCAUAUGGGUGGAUUGGAGGUACAGGCCAUGAUGUUAUUCAGACAGUAUUUCCAUAUUUUAACACCAGUGACCGAUGCUUAAUAACAUUUUAAAUGCGUUUCAAACAUUUCCUCUAAAUUCAUAUUUAUCGAGUGGCAGUUUGAGUGACAUGUUGCAGGCAGUUGCCGCGGCGGAAACGCUGAGUGAAGAUCAGAGGAUGGAUCCCAGACAUGCCAGACGAAAUGAAUUGAACUUGAUGGAGUCUGGUUAGUGUCAUAUUUUGGGUUCGCAUUGUGAAAAAAAAAUGAGCAUCACCUGCCUCGUUGAUCACCCAGACGCCACAUACAGUUCUGGUUGUACAAUGAAAUCCAUCCGAUUUGGUCAGUUCUUUCUGACUGCUUCACUUGGUGCCAGCGAUCUAUGCACCAAUACCCCAUCAGGUGCAUAAAGUGAUUUUAUCAUCUUAAUUCCAUCUGUAGAAUUGUUUUUUUGCAUUAUAAAUGAUGCACUAUGUAUUUAAACAUUGCUGAUGAUUGACAAUACAGAGAGGCAGAUUAUAAAGUCUACAGUCAAAGCAAUAGAUCAGACCACUAUUGGCUGUUGCAC